CUCCAGAGCCCGACCCAGCUUUUGGGGCAGAACCCGGCCCUGCCUGCUCCGUGCUCUCCUCCGCUGGUUACCACCAUGACCCCGGGCAUCCAACCCACCCUGGUCCUUGUACUGUUCCUGUUACCUACAGCUGUCCUCCACAACACCACUGGCACAGCAAUUACAACUACAGCUGCAGACAGAACCAGUAGCAACAGAAAUACAGAGAAUGACAGUACAACAGCAGUGACCUCACAUGCUAUAGCUUCAUCUAGCACACACAAACCCACAUCUGAUCACCACAGCAUCACAACUGAACAUUCUGACAGUCACAGUUCCAACUCCAGCCACCAGAGCAUCACAACUACACAACCUGACAGUCACAGCUCCUCCACAACCUCUGGUCACCUUAGCGUCAUAACUGAACGUCCUGACAGUCACAGUUCCAACUCCAGCCACCAGAGCAUCACAACUACACAACCUGACAGUCACAGCUCCUCCACAACCUCUGGUCACCUUAGCGUCAUAACUGAACGUCCUGACAGUCACAGUUCCAACUCCAGCCACCAGAGCAUCACAACUACACAACCUGGCAGUCACAGCUCCUCCACAACCUCUGGUCAUCUUAGCGUCAUAACUGAACGUCCUGACAGUCACAGUUCCAACUCCAGCCACCAGAGCAUCACAACUACACAACCUGGCAGUCACAGCUCCUCCACAACCUCUGGUCACCUUAGCGUCAUAACUGAACGUCCUGACAGUCACAGUUCCAACUCCAGCCACCAGAGCAUCACAACUACACAACCUGGCAGUCACAGCUCCUCCACAACCUCUGGUCAUCUUAGCGUCAUAACUGAACGUCCUGACAGUCACAGUUCCAACUCCAGUCACCAGAGCAUCACAACUACACAACCUGGCAGUCAUAGCUCCUCCACAACCUCUGGUCACCUUAGCGUUACAACUGAACGUCCUGACAGUCACAGUUCCAAUUCCAGCCACCAGAGCAUCACAACUACACAACCUGGCAGUCACAGUUCCUCCACAACCUCUGGUCACCUUAGCGUCACGACUGAACGUCCUGACAGUCACAGUUCCAACUCCAGCCACCAGAGCAUCACAACCACACAACCUGGCAGUCACAGCUCCUCCACAACCUCUGGUCACCUUAGCGUCACAACUGAACAUCCUGACAGUCACAGUUCCAACUCCAGCCACCAGAGCAUCACAACCACACAACCUGGCAGUCACAGCUCCUCCACAACCUCUGGUCACCUUAGCGUCACAACUGAACAUCCUGACAGUCACAGUUCCAACUCCAGCCACCAGAGCAUCACAACUACACAAUCUGACAGACACAGCUCCUCCACAACCUCUGGUCACCUUAGCGUCACAACUGAACAUCCUGACAGUCACAGUUCCAACUCCAGCCACCAGAGCAUCACAACUACACAACCUGACAGUCACAGCUCCUCCACAACCUCCAUAUACUAUAGUCCCACAUCAGUAGCCCCUGACCAUCACAUUUCCCCUAUAAUCCCUGGUCACCAUAGCAACACAUCUGCACCUCCUGACCAUCACACCUCAACCACAACCCUUGGUCACCAUAGCAACACAUCUGCACCCCCUAACUAUCACACCUCCAGUACACCCACUAAUCAUCAUGUCACCAUAGCUACAAAAAGCACCAAAAUCAUUACAGCAACAACUGGUAAUCAGAAGAGUAUUUCUUCAACCCUUUACCAGAAAGUCACAUCUGCCCCUGACAAUAAUCACAGCUCCAUAUCACAACCCAGUACGAUCAGCCAAAGUACCCCUUACCUCCCAGUUGACAUUAAUGAGAGUGUCAUGUUUUUCCUCUCAUUCGUCAUCACCAAUCUGCACUUUAAUUCUUCUCUGGAAAAUCCCAGCUCCUUCUACUACCGAGAAUUGAAGAAUUCUAUCAGUGGUCUGUUGCAGCAGAUCUACAAAGACAAGGCAUUUGUGACUUUUUCCCUGCUCCAAUUCAGAAAGGGCUCUGUGAUUACAGAAUGUGCUGUGGUCUUCCAAGAGGGCAGCAUCACAACCAGUCAAGUACAGAAACUGUUUGCUGAAAAUGUGAAGAAAGGUUACCUCUACAACCUGACUAUUUCACCAUCAGAUAUAAUUGUCCGUGAGUGGAAUUCUGAAGCCUCAUCUACUGGCUCUGCUGUGCCUGGCUAUGCCAUUGCUUUGCUUGUGAUAGUCUGUAUCCUGCUCGCUUUGGCGAUUUUCCACUUUGCUGUCCUGGGGAUAUCUUACUUCCGCCGGAAACAUUAUGGACAGCUGGAUAUCUUCCCAUCCCAAGAUUCUUAUCAUCCCAUGAACGAGUACCCCCCUUAUCAUACCCAUGGGCGAUAUGUGCCCCCAGGCAGCACCAAGCGCACUCCCUACGAAGAGAUCUCUCCUGGAAAUGGUGGCAACAGCCUCUCUUACGUGAAUCCAGUGGCCACUUCUGCUAACCUAUGAAGGAAUCGUGCCAGCCUUGUGCCUAGGGCCAAGCAUUGCCGGGAGCACUUCCCCUCCUCUCCCUGGAAGGGAAAGUGAGAAGUGCCCUGAGGGCCCCUUCCUGGAAGGCGCAUUAGACCCCCCUCCCCCAUCUCCAUAAUCCAUCUCCAGAUGUCAGAGAUUGCCUGCUGCUAUCCCACCCUCACGCCUGCUCCUGAGGGGAAGGAGCCCGGGUGGGUAGGGAUGGGGGAAGAGGAAUUGUAUGUGGUUGAAUAAAGCUGAUGAUCCCACACACA